AUGUCCAAGGUGGAGAAACUCCUUGCCAACCCAGAUAAAGAAGUCGCCCUCCCCGAGCCUGUGCGGGAGAAACAACUUCGCGACCCACACGAGAUGAUGAAGAAUGUACAAGGGUCGGCUGCGGGUGCGGGCUCGGGCGAAUUUCACGUGUACAAGGCGAGCAGGAGGAGGGAGUAUGAACGGAUACAGUUGAUGGAGGAUAAGGGGCGGGCUCUGGAAGAGCAAGAAGCGUUCCAAGCUCGACAAGAGGCUCGAGAUUCGGUUGCGGAUGCGAAAACAGCCAAGAACAGGGCGAAGCGGCAAAAGCGGAAAGCGGGCGGGAAGGGGGAUAAGAAGGACAGUACUGGUCCCAGUGUGGUAGUAGGAGGGGCAGCAGGGGGGAAGCGGAAGUUAGCAGGUGGGGCGGAAGGGUUCGCCGUCCCUCGGCCGAGAGAUGAGGCGGGGAGCGAAGAUGAGGAUGAGGCGGAGGCGGAAGUGGAGAGGGCAGGAGUGGGGAAUCUGAAUGUGCCAAUCCCAAGCGAGAGUGGGGCGAUGGGCGAGACGGGACAGACGGAGAGGCGAGCGGUACCGGUGGUAGAUGAGGCGAGGGUUGUCAUCCACGACGACGAUUGA